ACUGAGUGUUGAAAAGAACGCAUCAGUUUUUGAAUACGAAUACUAACUUAUGCCGACCCCUGUAUUUGUGGAAAUAGGUGUGUAAUUUCAUUGGUAAAGAUUCAUAAUGCUGAAGUUAUUGGUGGUAUUGGUCGCUGUGAAAAUGAUUUUGUUGGUUGAAUUCAUCAAAAGUGAAGAUGUCAUCACCGAAAAACAAUUCGAUGAUUAUGAAUGCUCCAGCCUUUGCACAGAUCGGGGACUUCGAGCAAAGGUCAACCGAAUCUGCGUCAAAUUACGUUCGACUGUGGACUCGCCUUGGGAUAAAUCGCGAGUCGAGAGGGAAAGUGGUUGCGUUGAAAGGGUUCAGGUUUGGCUACAAAAUGACCAACAGUUGCAAGGACCUCAGCCACGUCACGUCGGAGUGUGUCGUUUAAGUGAUCGUCGAAGCAAAUGUGUAACCAAAGGCCAGACAGCAAAUCAAGUUUAUGUUUACGAUUACAGUGGAAAAGUUUGUCAUUUAAUAGCUACACAAUCAAUGACGAUGCCAGGUACAGGAUGUUUUAGUAGUCUUUUUGGUUGGUUGUCUAUCUUUGGGAUUGAUGUUGAUUAGAAUUAUGUUUAUUUUUGGAAUACAUUUUUCUUCGAAAUGGUGCACUUGAAUUGAAGUCUCGAAUAAUUUUUUUUUCCGAGAAUAACUGAAAAGUGAUUCGAGAGGAGUCACUUCGAGGGAAGAGAUAGGAUAAGUACUUUGAUUUUUUUCAGUGUUUCUGAUCACUGUUUAUGGAAGAUGAUGGCUUCAGAUGUCAAAAAUAAUUAAUUACGCGGAAUUUUGGUACGAAAAAUGAUUCGAAAAAAAGACAGUUGCUUUUGAAGAUAAAAUACAAAAUUUAUUUAAUUUUUUUUCAGCUAUUUCGUCCAAAAAAAAAAAAAUUAAUAAACAUCAGAAUAACUGAGAAAUCAAUUUUCUAUAUUCCAAUACGAUUUUCCUCGUUAUACAUUCCAUUUGUAUCGAUCUUUUCGCAUAAAUCAAUUUCCCAAAUUCACCAUACUCAUUCUUAAUUACUGAUUUAUUGCCUCGAAUUUGAAAAAAUUUCAUACUCGUGUGGUCGAAAAAAAAAUUCAAAAACACCCGAAAAACAGUGGUUUUGGAAGUACGCAAGUUGCCUGUUCACAAACAAUAAUUCACCGAUGAUGUUCAACUGUCGAAAGUAAUUAUCUUCGAUGGUUCAUGCUCAAGCGUUAAGCAGCAGGUUCGUAUUCCACUUGCUACCAGUACCUGUUGUGAAGUCUUUGGUGUUUUCGCGAUAAACAUCGUUCGAGUAGAAUUUUUCAAAUUAACCUGCGAGAAGCUCAUCCCACGAAGAUGUCAACCUAUUUGUUGUAUUUCGUAGCGAUAUAUUCGUUUGUCAGAUUUUACCAAGUUGGAUGCAUUUUAACCACCAAGGAAUACGAAGACUGGAAUUGCUCUCGCAUAUGCACAGAUCCCAAACUCAGGGAAGUAGUGAAAAACACCUGUUACAGGUUGAGCCAAACUAUGACCAUCACAGAACCAUACACCGAAGAAGAAAUCAAAAAUAAAAGCGGUUGCGAAAAACAAAAAUCAGUACGAUUAAUAGACGAAAAAUUCGAACAUAGACCCAUAGUUGCUCUUUGGAAAGAAGUAGGAAUGUGUUAUUUGGGUAAAGGUACGACUCUGUGUAUAACCAUGGGUGAAAGAGAGACGAAUAUUGAGCAAAAAGAUCCAGAAAAAGAUCCAGGAAAAGAUCAAAGGGACGUAGCGAUAGAGAAUAACGACCAGAAAGACGAUAAAAAGGAUGGUAAAGAUUCGAGAAAAUUAUUGGUUUAUUCGUACAGUGGUAAUGGAUGCGAGCUGAUUGAAAAUAAUGCGAAUUACGAAAUGCAGGUUUUCGAGGUACCACCUGAGCCUCCCAAAAAGGGGUAUUUUGAUGUGAUUGUCAAUUUUCUAACUUCUAUACCGAGUAUUUUGAUAUAAUAUGUAGCUUCUGCAGAAUUAGAACCCCUGUGUUAAGUACCUGUUAAUAUAGACUCGAGUUUGAGUGAAAUUUCUGUCGAAAUCGUCGUGUAAAUGCCAAAAAUUCGGGUUUGAAAUUUUUGUACAAUUGUAAGCAUUUUUUCUCCCCCUCAUCUUCCCCUUUGGUAUACUUGUAAUUCAAAAUCCAUUUAUGUGAUUUUUUUUCUAAUGCAACAUAUCAAUUUUUUGUCUUUUUCUAAUUUCAAUUCACGAAAUAAAAUUUUUCAUAAAAUGGAUG